ACCGUACUUAUUAAUACCAUCUCCUUCUUUAUUAUAUAGCAAAAUGCACGAUCGUUGUAGUAGCUAUAGAUAUUUAAACUAUUCACUACAGGAGAUAAGGAGCUCCGGACACACGAUCUAAAACCAAAGGUUUAGUUGAUAAAUACCUUUUACAUGUGUAUCGCACUAUAACUGUGAACGUGGAUGCACUUAACUAUGCUCAUGUUACAGCAGGAGGCCUGUUUUAUCAUUCCUGUUGAGUCUUUCUACGGUGGCGGUUUACUUUACGCGGCGCUCUGUUCUGAAGAAAAGAGAUGUACAGGAUUGUAGUAUUUAUCACAACAAUUUUUUUAACGCAUCAUUCUACAAACUUACAAACGCUCGGUGCUUUUAUCACUAAAGAUCAGUGUAAACAAAGUGAUGUAUUGCCAAGGCAAACACUUUCAAUUUCAGUCGAUUGCUCAUGCCCUCCAAACUUCACCGCUGUUAGUGUCGAUGGAAUCCGAAUUUGCCUUAUACUUACGAUGCCACAAAUUUGGAGUAAUACAUGUGUUUCGUUUGGAUGUACGAAAGAUUUUUAUAGUACAUCAGAAAAGGAAAGGAAAGUUGUGAAAGAGUUUCUAAGGAAAGAAAACGUUUCAGAGUUUUGGAUAUCUGUACAAAAGGAUGAAGCAUUUAGUCUACCGUUGAGAAAACUUCCAGGCCCUGAUUGGGGUACUCCACUAAAUUUGGCUACUAAGGAGUACGAUCUGAAAGUUAAGCAAACAUCAGACGGAAACUGUUUGAAAGCAAAUAUCACGGACUCAAGCGUAAGUUUCGAUAAUUGUGCCAAAUUAUUACCACAACUCUGCAUUUAUCAUGGAAGUACAUUACUGCAAUUGUACUGUUCGAAGAGUGAAUAUACAACUCGUUAUAGUGAUUACCAGAACUAUUGUUUUAAAAUAGUGAAAAGCGAGGCAAUAUUCACCGGUUGGGAAUUAUAUAACGUCGAUGGCUAUCGUAAACUUCAGGUACAUCGUGAAUUAGUGCGAAAACACAAAAUUAGUUGUGACAAAACCGUAGUUCAAUCAAAUUUAACAAAUCAACUUGGAGCUCUAUUCGCGGUGAAACAUAGUUAUUCGUCAUACUUAUACGUAGCUAUUCAAGAGGAUGGUACGAUGGGUCUAUACGAAAAAUUCGAUUGUGUAGCUUAUGAACACGAAAGAAAAACGUUCCAUAAUCCAGAAUUGAUUUUGAAUUUCGAUCGGCUACAUCUUAAAUUGAUGUUGGUAAUAUACUAUACUAAAUAUUUAUGGCGCGACCAGGAUACAGACAUUGGAUUCGUAUGCUAUACAGAUGCUGAUGCAGAUUUAUUAAAGCAAGUUACUGCUCGGAAGAUAUGGCCACCGGAUAGCGAUGAUGAAUAUGCUGAUCAAACAAUGUACGAAUUGAAGCUUUAUGGAGACUUUCCAGGCAAUUAUUGGUGUGAAGGUCAUGCUGUGCCUAAUUUUACACUCGUUCGUUCGAAUACAGUAGUUGCUCAGAAAAAGGAAAACAAUUUCCAUAUAUAUUCCAUUUUACUUGACGUACACUCAUUUGACCUCGAUCGUAUUCAACAAAAGAGUUAUCUAAAGCAACUUGCUAAAACUUAUAAGAAUUAUUUGGACAUCAAAAGUAGUCAUGAAACAGCCAGUCUAAUCAAAGGAAUGCAGAUAAUGAAAAUUGAAAAUCUAGACACGAUCAAUAAAACACUUUCGUUAAUUAUGCAUGUUGCCGCAACGUUUAGCGGGUUGGAUUUAUCUUACGAUACAAGCGGAAAUGCAACAUUUGAAGGAAAGUUACGUAAUCUCAAGGAAAAAUUACACCACUUGUUCAAAAAUGCCAACAAUGAUAUAUAUUGUUAUAAAAGGAUCAGUAGUUCGGAAUUUUGCCUCCCAGAAUAUGAGCAUGUGGGAUUAUCUUGGCCUUUGGCAAGAAUUGGACAGACCGUUGCUUCUUUGAACUUGUGUCUAAUCGAGUCUACUGGAUUACCGCUGACGAGGAAAUGUAUGGGCGACAGAUUAUUUGGAGGAAACUGGCAAGAAUUGGACAUAAUGUUUCAAUGUGCAUGGAGUGUGGGAGCAAUCACUAAAAACUUGUUUGACUAUCAUGUAAAACCAACGAAUUUCAUCGCAGUUCAAGAUGUCUUUUCAAAUAUCGUCAAUAUGAUACAAGUUGCAACUUCGCUAAUUCCUGCCGACAUAUUCUACCUCUCGAAAACGAUAGAGAAUAUUAGGCCAACAUUAUUCAAUGAUAGUAAUAAUGCUGUUGUAAUUGGCAAUCAAAAAGAGAGCUUCUAUUGUAGCUUAACAGCCAUACUGAACAAGGUAAUGUCGGUGAAUGAAUCCAUUGUACUACGCUCUCAAGUAGCGCUCAACGCAACAAGCAUUCUUUUGGAUUCUGCAGAAGCAAUAAUAAAUCAGAUGUCACAGAUAAACAGCUCUUUAGAUAUUUCUCUCAAUGGUAAUGUUAAUUGUCUGCCCAAUGGGUAUCAGCACCUGAACAAUGAUCACGUGACUAUGUUUAAGGGUUCAAUAUUAUUGAAAACAUCAAAGUUGAUAUUGUUGAUAGCAGUUCCAUCUAUUGAUAAUAUCGCUGGAAUAGCACUACUGAAACCGCAAGGUAUCAACGUUGAAAAGUAUACAAGCUUCGAUAUGUGGCAGGAAAGGUUAAUUUAUGCGGACGAAAAUGAAGAGGAGAUAAUGAAGGAAGAAGGGCUUGAAAUAGCUGGGUAUGUGCCGGGAGGUCUUUUGGAAAAUAUAAAACUGCUAAACAAACAAAUGAAUGUUACCAGUACUGUUAAUUCAGAGUUGCGCAUAGUUAUAUCCAUCUACUUUAACGACAAUUUAUUUAAAGAAACAGAUAAUGGCACGAUUUUAAGAUCAAAUAGUAAAAUUAUCAGUAUCACGGUUCCCGGAUGUGGUUCUGACUUACCAGGAGACUUACCCAUUUUUUUUCGCGAUGCCAAUAGCAGUUGGAAUGGCAGUUGUGGAUAUUGGGAUUUUAAGCAAAAUGAGGUGAAUAAUAUGCCGAAAUGGUCAUUCAGAGGAUGUAAGUUGGCACAACAAAAUGGUAGUUUAUCUUUAUGUAAAUGCUCUCAUUUUACUCCGUUCUCGCGACUCAUAACGGAUAUCCAGUAUAUUGAAAGUUUAGGAGUAUCACAACACUUCAUUGGUGACCAAGCAAAUGUUGUCUUGGACAUAAUCACGUCGAUUGGUUGUUGUCUAUCCCUAUUGGGUGUUGGCGGUAUUUUUAUGACCGCAUUGGUAUUCCCAAUGUGGAGAACUAAAGCAAAUUCCAAAAUUUUACUUCAACUCUCUAUGGCAAUUGCCAUCGAAAUGAUUAUUGUCUUUCUUGACGGACCGGAUAUCGACCACGACAAACAAAGUAGUAAAAUACAUUGUACUUUACUUGGAGGAGCAUUUCAUUAUAUUAUACUAGUAACGUUUAUGUGGAUGCUGGUAAUUGCAUAUCUUCAAUUUUUACGGUACGUGAAAAUUCUUGGCCGACUACGUCCAUCGCAUUGUAUUUUGAAAGCAUCCUUCAUGAGCUGGGGUUUACCGUUAUUACCAGUAGUUGUGUUUUCAACGUACGACUAUACCAAUUAUCACAAACGAAACAAUGUGUCCGACAUUUGCUAUCCUCAUGGGCCCGCUUUAUAUCUGGGAUUGCUUUUACCUAUCAGCGUUAUUAUUAUAGCUAAUGUUUCAUGUUUUUUGCUAAUUCUGUAUAAUGUUUUUUAUGCUCCCGACAAUUUACAACGAUCCACAGAUAAACAUAGUACAUUUUCACAACUAAGACUUUCAUCUUUCCUAUUUUUUCUUCUGGGCCUUCCUUGGAUAUUUGGAAUGAUAAUCACUUUUAGAGCAGGGCCAAUAUUUUCCUAUUUAUUUUGUUUAACCGCGCCAUUACAGGGAUUUGUGCUGUUCAUUUAUUUUAUAAUUAUGGAUCCCACAGCUAGGAAACUGUGGGGUUUGAAGCUAUUGGAAUAUAGAUGCAGUAAAUCUUCUACACACAACCUUAACAUGUCUAUGAAAUAAACCAUAUUUAUCUGGAAAGUGUUAACUUAUGGUUUCUCGAAAACGCAACUAAUAAUUGAUAGAAAUAUAAAAAAAAAGAUGAAAAUGUUUAGUUACUUGAUU